AUGGCACAGAGACAGGUGGCCAGUUACGUUACAAACAUGCACCACAACACCAGUAGCGAUACUUUCAUGAUGGACCAUUUGCCAUCGGAAGCGCUAGACUUAAAGGUUCAGCUGACCAUGUUAAAAAGGAAAUCAAAAUAUUUUGGAUGGAAACUUAUACAAUUACAGAGAGAAUUAAUAAAAAGAAGGGCAUCAAUCAAAUGCAGAAAGGAAGAUUUGUUAACAAGACCUGAAGCAUAUGACAGAAAUCAAGACUUCAGGGAUGAACCUAUUCUCCUACCAGAACCUCAGGAUUCAGACUGGUCCACUGAAGGGUUUCAUCAACUGCAAGCAGACCAUAGGAUCCACUUCCCUAAAUUGGGAAGCAAUAUGAAAAAAACAGCAAUUAAGAAAUUUGAAAUGCAUACCGGAUAUAGUGUCAACAACUGCGGUUUAGUCACAUGUAGAAAAAGUCCUUAUCUGGCUGCAACACCCGACGGAGUCAUCAAUGAACAAACAAUAGUUGAGGUGAAAUGUCCAUAUGCUUGGAAAGAGGCAAUUAUCCAACCUUGAAAAUUUUUUCCAUACUUGGAUUAUACGGACGAAAAAAUGGAGCUAAAGAAAACUUCAAACUACUAUUAUCAGAUACAGUGACAGAUGUAUAUAUAUUGCUUUUUCAUUGUGUAUACAUUCAAGGAUAUGUUUGUACAAAAAGUUGAACUAGAUCAUGCGUACUGUAAACACAAUAUUUUACCAAGGCUAGAGCUGUUCUACAAAAUGUAUCUGUGGAAAUAUAUAGCUGAACAUUUGUGAAAUAACAUUGAUGAUGAUUAAUUAAUGUAGACAUUUGCAGUACAAUAUGAUGUUCAGUCUAUAAAAAGCUAUUAUGCAUUUGAUAAAUAAUUGUUUGUAGUUGAAAUAAAUAUAUAACAGUCCAG